CUCCCCUUCACGCCAACUUCGUUAAACAUGUUGUUCAAAAUGGGGAAAAUUUCGGGGGGUCUUCUUGGCAAAGAGAAAAACUAUCUAUUAGCUCAUGAUGGGAAGUGGAAAAGCGGCGAGCGAAUACACAAAAUAAUCUCUAAAUGACGAAAUUAUCUGAAGUACCUUCAUUGUUACUGUUGCUCAACUACUGGGCGCGAGUUCAGUUUGCUUCGAACGGAGAUCAUGAAUAAUGGAGAAAAUACAAAGAGCAAUGCUUUUGCUGCAAAGAAGAAAAAACGACUGUCAGUUGAGCGAAUCUACCAAAAGAAGACACAGUUGGAACACAUUCUCCUCCGUCCAGACACUUAUAUUGGCUCUGUUGAGCCAAUCAAACAAAACAUGUGGGUUUAUGAUGCAGAGACAGACGCCAUUGUAAGUAAGGAAAUCACUUAUACACCUGGUCUCUACAAGAUCUUCGAUGAACUUUUAGUGAAUGCAGCAGAUAACAAGCAGAGAGACCCUGGCAUGGGCUGCAUUAAAAUAACAAUUGAUGCAGAUAACAACACUAUAAGUGUUUGGAAUGAUGGUCGUGGCAUUCCUGUGGAGAUGCAUAAAGAACAGAAGGUGUAUGUUCCAACCCUGAUUUUUGGCCAUCUUCUAACAUCCAGUAACUACAAUGAUGAGGAGAAAAAAGUCACAGGUGGCAGAAAUGGUUAUGGUGCAAAACUUUGCAAUAUCUUCAGCACAAAAUUUGUUGUGGAAACUUGUUCUUCUGACUCAAACAAAAAGUUCAAACAGACUUGGACAAACAACAUGGGAAAAGUUACAGAGCCCAUUGUAAAGGAUUUUAAUGGAAAGGACUUCACUUGUGUUACAUUCAAACCAGACCUGGCAAAGUUUAAAAUGGAAAGUCUUGAUAAAGACAUCAUCUCACUCCUCUCUAGGAGGGCGUAUGAUGUUGCUGGUUCUGUCAGAGGAAUUGCUGUAUAUCUCAAUGGAAAGAAGUUGCCUAUUAAGACUUUCAAGGAUUAUGUUGGACUGUAUUUGAAAGCUAGAGAUGAUGAAGAUGACUUGGCAUUGGGUAGUGAAUCAGAGAAAAAGACUAAUUCUGUUGUGCAUGAAGUUGUUAAUAAGCGCUGGGAAGUUUGUGUUACCACAAGCACCAAAGGUUUCCAGCAAGCUAGCUUUGUCAACAGCAUAGCCACAACCAAGGGAGGAACUCAUGUCAACUAUGUAACUGACCAAAUCACAGAGAAGCUCAUGGCUGCGGUGAAAAAGAAAAACAAGGGAGGUGUAGAAGUGAAGCCUUUUCAGGUUAAGAAUCACUUGUGGGUUUUUGUCAAUUGCCUGAUUGAAAAUCCAACCUUUGACUCACAAACCAAGGAAAAUAUGACUUUAAGAUCUAAAGCAUUUGGAUCGACUUGUGAUUUCAGUGAAAAGUUUAUCAAACAGGUUACUCAGUGUGGUGUUGUUGAACAUAUCAUGAACUGGGUGAAAUUCAAGGCACAGACUCAACUCAAUAAGAAAUGUCAAAAGAGCAAGCACAGCAAGAUUCGCGGAAUUCCCAAAUUGGAUGAUGCUAAUGAUGCUGGUGGUAGAAGCUCAAUGCAAUGUACGCUCAUUCUCACUGAGGGUGACUCAGCCAAAACGCUGGCUGUAAGUGGCUUGAGUGUUGUGGGUAGAGACCGUUUUGGAGUGUUUCCCUUGCGCGGUAAACUGCUUAAUGUCAGGGAUGCAUCACACAAGCAGAUCCUUGAAAAUGCAGAGAUCAAUAAUCUUAUCAAGAUACUUGGCCUUCAAUACAACAAAAAGUACUCAUCAGAGGAAGACUUAAAGAGUCUGAGAUACGGUCACCUAAUGAUAAUGACAGAUCAGGAUCAGGAUGGCUCUCACAUCAAGGGACUCCUCAUCAACUUCAUUCAUAGUAACUGGCCUACUCUUACACGUUUACCGUUCUUGGAGGAGUUUAUUACUCCCAUUGUUAAGGUCAGCAAAGGUAAAGAAGAGAAAGCAUUCUACAGCAUUCCUGAAUAUGAGGAAUGGAAAAACAGUACAGCAAAUGUCAAGUCUUGGAAAGUAAAGUACUAUAAAGGUUUGGGUACAAGCACUCCCAAGGAGGCCAAAGAAUACUUUGCUGACAUGAGACGUCAUCAGAUUCAGUUCCACCAUGAAGGUGCUGCAUGUGAUGAAGCUAUACUUAUGGCAUUCAGUAAGAAGAAAGUUAAUGACAGGAAAGACUGGCUCAACCGCGCAAUGGAAGAUCGCAAGUGGAGAAGGCAACAAGGGCUUUCAGAGGUUUACCUUUAUGAGAAGGACACCAGAUCAGUUUCAUAUUCUGACUUUGUCAACAAAGAACUUGUUUUGUUCUCUAAUGCAGAUAAUGAACGAUCAAUUCCUUGCUUAGUGGAUGGUUUAAAGCCAGGCCAAAGGAAAGUACUUUUCACCUGCCUGAAAAGGAAUGACAAACGAGAAGUAAAAGUUGCUCAACUUGCUGGAUCAGUGGCUGAACUGUCUGCAUAUCACCAUGGCGAGGCAAGUCUGAUGGGAACAAUCAUCAACUUAGCUCAGAAUUUUGUGGGCAGCAACAACUUGAACCUUCUGAUGCCUGUUGGUCAGUUUGGCACUCGUCUCCAUGGAGGCAAAGAUGCUGCUAGUCCUCGUUACAUCUUCACUAUGAUGAGUCCUUUAACAAGGCUAUUAUUUCAUGCUCAUGAUAUGCCUAGCCUUACGUACCUGUUUGAUGAUAACCAGCCUGUUGAACCUGAGUGGUAUUGCCCUAUAAUCCCUUUGGUUCUGGUCAAUGGAGCUGAGGGGAUUGGCACUGGUUACAGUACCAAGGUGCCUAACUUUGAUGUUCGCCAAAUCAUCAGUAAUCUGAAGAACAUGAUCAAUGGAGAUGAACCCGAAGAGAUGAUACCAUCAUUCAAGAACUUCACUGGUACCAUUUCUCAAAGUGAUAGCCACAAAUUCCUUGUGCAAGGUAAUGUGGAAGUUGUUGACAACAAGACUGUCGAAAUAACUGAGUUACCAGUUGGCACCUGGACACAGGUUUACAAAGAGAAUGUUUUGGAACCAAUGCUGCAUGGUUCAGAGAAAAUUCCUCCUGUUCUGACGGAUUACAAGGAAUACCACACAGAUGUAACAGUGAAGUUUGUGCUUAACAUGACUGAGGACAAGCUGGCUGAGGCAGAAGGUGCUGGAUUGCACAAGAAAUUUAAACUUGAAACUACAAUUAACACUAGCAAUAUGGUUUUGUUUGAUGCCAUGGGUUGUCUGCGCAAGUAUGAAUCACCACUUGACAUACUCAAGGAAUUCUUUGAGCUGCGUUUGGAGAGAUAUGCUAUACGUAAAGCAUGGUUGGAUGGAAUGCUGACUGCAGAAUCGAGCAAGCUCAGUAGUCAAGCUCGUUUUAUCUUAGAAAAAAUUGAGGGUCAAAUUAUCAUAGAGAACAGAACAAAGCGGGACAUAGUUACCACUUUGGUACAGCAUGGUUACCCAUCUGAUCCUAUCAAGGCUUGGAAAGAGAUGCAGAAGUCCAGUGCACCUGAUGAUGGAGAUACAGAUGAUGCCUCCAGUGUUGCAAGUUCCACGUCAAGCGCUGGUGGACCUGACUUUGGAUACUUGUUGUCCAUGUCCAUGCUGUCACUCUCUCGAGAAAAGAAAGAGGAACUAUUGAAAGAGAGGGAUAAUAAGUUGGAAGAGCUGGACAUGUUGAGGAAGAAGUCUCCACAAGACCUCUGGCUGGAAGAUCUUGAUAGCUUUUUGGAAGAGCUGGAGCGAGUGGAGCAACAGGAAAACGAAGAUCAAGAAAUGUACGUGAAGUCCAAAGCAGGGCGCUCACAGCAGCAGAAAAAGAAACCAACAAAGCCGGCCAAGAAAGCUGAAAGUAAACCUAAAACACUGGGUAACAAUGAACGAGAAAAGAAAAACACAGAACUGAAGAGCAAGGAAACGGCUUCAAAGAAACAAAACAAGAGUAACGACUCCUGGGAGUUUGAUGAUACAGAUGCAGGUGCCCCAGUCAGAUCACUCGCUGACAGACUUGCUCAGCGACAAAGUCACAACCUUCCCAGCUCAUCAUCAUCUUCGGUUGGUGGUGGAGCUGAGACAACUAGCAGUUCGGCUGUAAAGGUAAAAACGCAGUCUACUCUAGAGAUGUUCAGUUCAAAGAAGAAGGCCAGAAAAGAAGCAGACAGUGACGAUGAUUUUAUCAUGGAGUUCAGCGAUGAUGGACCGCCCGUAGUGAAAAGGGCCGCUAGGACAGGUCCUGUCAAGACGUACUCUUUUAGUUCUGACGAGGAUGAUGACGAUGAUCUUACGGUCACAGCAGUGAAAUCCGCAAAGCAGGCUAAAGAAGGAAGUAUUGAUAGUGAUGCUGAAUCAGAUAAAAGUGACGUGCAAGCCACACGUGCCCUGAUUCAAAAACUCUCUCCUGCCAAACCCACAAAAACCGCUCAUUCGCGGGCAAAUAAACCAUUACAGGAUGAUAAAUCGGUUAAAUCUACGAAGAAACAACCUGCUAAGAACAGUACGGCAGUAGCGAAGAAAUCCACCGCAACUAGAAAGGCAGCUUUGUCAUCUUCACAGGACGACAGCCCUGAUGACGACGCAGCAGCAAAGAAACAACCAGCCAAGAAACAGCCAGCCAAGAAACAACCAGCCAAGAAAGGCAAGCGUGGAAAGGCAGUAAUUCUUGAUAGCAGUGACGAGGAUUCUGAUUCAGCGAUGCUCUCCUCAAAGAAACCUACAGCUGCUAAAGGAAAAGCGGUAAAGCCCAAAAAGUCACCACCAAAGAAGGCGAAAGCAAGCGUAGAGAGCUCAAGUGAUGACGAACCAAUGGAAAUGGCUGUUGUCAGCCGAGUGGCUCGCACUGGCAGAUCCAAAGCUCCAGUGAAGUAUUUUUUGGAAGAAAGUGACAGUGACGACAAAGAGAAUGAAGACACGAAGGAGUGGUCUGGAUCAAGAAGUGAUUUUGAUGAUGAUUAAUUUUUAUACGUUUUAGGCUCAGGCGGGUACUCAGCUGUGUCUUUCAAGGGAUACGAUAUAGUCUGAGAAGCUUGGUUUAGUCCUGCACCUGUCUCCUAUAAAAACGGUUUUUCUUUCCGAAGGAGACAUGGUAAUUGAAUCAUUUCCUGCUUGCAUGAUUUCCCGCAGAUGCUUGUUUUGUUAGCAUCAUAUCUGUAAAUAACCUCCUUUUCAUUCAACUGAAAGCUUUCGAAAGGCCAUGUAGAGAUUCCUAAUAAAACAAAAGUUAGAGGUUUACUUGACAACUACACAUACACUUUAUGUCCUCGUUCCCUUGUUCCUUCCACCCUGUGGUUUCAGAGAAUACCUCUCCUCACUCGACCGGAGGCAUUCAACUCAAAAACAAAUUGAGCAAUUUUCUUCAGUCUUGCAGUCAAAAGCGUCAUGCAAACUGAUCGAUCAGUUCUCGCUUAAACUAGACAUGCAAUAUUCGACUGACAAUUUUAACUCUUCACUUGAGCCUAAUAAUGAGCUGCACAAACUACGAAGAACGAUACAGUUUAAAUACAUGCUACGUAACGUAAUGAUACAAAGAAAGCGCACGCAAAACUUUACUACAAUUAACACUACUGCACAAAAAACAAUAGACAAAAACUAAUGCGUAGCGAUCUACAACAGCACUGCUAGAGUAAAUUGGAAUCAACCGUAGCUACUACUAGCAGAGAUAAACGUCCUGUUUAUCUUCGAAGAGUAGUGCAACAUUUGAUUCCAAUUGAAGUAAUGGCAAUCAAUGAAGUCGCACAUUCAACGCAACCCGCUGUUAUUCAACCAGAUAAUCAAGUUGUACGAGAUAACAUUGCGAGGCCUCAACGCCCUGCAGCGGUUGUUGGAGAAAUUAACAGACAAUUAAACAGUUCAUGAACAAGCGAACAUUGAUUUCUUUUCUUUUCGUGAAUUUUGAAAGUUUCUCACGUAGUGAAUAAACUUGGGAAGUGUCGGAAACAUGGAGACGCCCCCAUGCGAGAACAAUUUCUUUACCUUUGAAACCAGACAUUUCGUUUUGUUUGUACAGUGACAGUUGAUUGAUUAACCUACUGAUUCUCAUAUUACCUAUAUAUAUAUAUAUAGAGAGAGAGAAGCGAUUGCACAUUAGCGACACAAUAAACGAGUUGUAAUUA